UUCGAGGUCAAAAUGGACGCAUAGCAGGGCAGAUAAUUCAUUGUCAAUGACUCCCGGGAACCAGAACUCACUCACGUUGCUGCAUUUAAGGCGCUUUGGGCAUCUGGUAAUUACAGUGUAGCAGUUAACGACAUCAGGACUUGAUCUCAGCUAUCUCGGUAUCUUUUACUGUGACGUUAUGACGGCAAGGAUGAGCCCGGUAAUGAAUUGUCCUUCCUCAAUGGCAUGGUUGUGACCCCAGGAUGCAGACACAGGAGCGUAGCGCAGGACGUUGGACAUUGAGAACUUUGUGGAGGAUCCCAGCAGGGCAGGUUGUACUGAUUUGUUUAUGUUGAAAUGGAGGAUUUUGAAUUCAGCGUGGAGAUCUGCGACUGUGACUGGCAAUGCUUUUAUGAGGACUGUGAGGAGUGUAACCUGCGGCCUCCAUUGCUGGCGACAGGGGACGACUCCGGGCUUAGUGACGGAGAUGACACAAAGUCCGCACUUGUUGAAAGCACACAGACAAACGAGGUCAAGAGAAGAUUUCCAGAAGCUGAUUACUCCCCGGACAGCACGGCUGACUCCACUCUGGAAAUCACACCCGACUGCAAGACUGGUCUCAGUCAACAAGCCGUCACUGAAAUGGAGACCAUCCCAUCGUGCGGUGAGGAUUAUAUUCUCCUGCAGUCGGUCAAUGUGUUCUUCAAAGAAAUAACAGAAAGCAGCGAGUCAAAGCCAGACGUAGCGGAUCUAGCCGUCUGCUGCAAUCAGCCUGCCGGAGGUGAAACAAUAGUCAGCAAAGGGAAUGACAUCAGCAAAAUAAAGGCAGUAGAAAUAGCUCAGCCUGGCUCACAACUCAAGACGGACACAGCAUUUGUUCAAGGCCACCUGGAACCCAGAAGAAACCCUCAUGACCGACCUGAUGGCAGUGUGUGCUCAGAAGUGAAAGAGAUACCAGUGGGCCCAUCAUCGCAGAUCAGAAAGGAGAAGCAUCACACUGAAGACCUUUGGGAUUCUCCAUUGACCGCCAUCAAAAGGAAGCGAAGGAAAAGAAGCCGACUCAGCUUAGAGCCAGCCCAAAGUCUAGAUGACAGACAGACAGAUGAGGACCAAGACCUGUCUUGUCCUCGAGUCUCCUGUCUGACUGGAGCAGAAAAGAGAGAUCUUUCUGGGAUCGUCCUCCCACCUGGAAGUCCAAGUCAUCAUGAAAGCAGGAGAGAUGCUCAUAAUGUCUAUUUUUAUUCUCCUAGUUGUGACGCUAAAUUAAAUCUAGAAGAGCUCGGAGCAGAAUGCAUUUUGGCUCCUGAGAUGGCCGCCCGGGAUGAUGAUAAUGUUGCUGUGGAAGGUUGCCAAGGUGACAAACUAUCCACUUCCAAGUCCAUCCUGCCUGCUGAGGCCCCACAUUCUGUAGGAGACAAGAACACGGGGUGUCAAAUAGAGGCUGAGCCACAGCAACAGAUGGAGACGGAGAUGGAGGGUCACCACCUGGACCAAAAUAGCUACGAUUCUGGAAAGGAUGACUUUUCAAUCACGUCUGAUAUGCAAACGCUGACCGAUUCCACCUCGGAUCUCCAAAAAUGUGAAACCAAAAUGUACCCAAUGGUUGAAUUAACGUCUGAUUUGGUGGAUUCAUCAGUUCAUAAAAGCUGUUUGCCAGAAAGUCCUUCCAGUAUGGUCCUUAAAGAAGCAGAUGAUGAUGAAGGUUCCCAUUCAUCCAUUGGUCCUUCAAGUAAAAGUACACAGUCCAUGUCUGAAGAUGUACCUCCAUCCUUCUGCUGUGCAGCAGACACAAGGCUUUUAGUGUCGUCCUCUGAAGUAAACACCCAUGGUUGUUCUUCAUCCUCCAAUCAAAUGAACACCAAAGAUAGAAGUGGUAAAACGUCUCGCACCCAGCAAACACAUCAUGACACGGGACAGUUAUCAACAGGCGUCCAGAUUAAUGAUGGAGAUGUCAUCCCAACAUCAAGACAUGAACAUCCCCUUUUUGUCAUGUCUUCUUUUUGGCGUGAAAUGGAGAAGCUGACAAUAAAUGACAUCUUGGGUUUGAGGAAUAAGAACGAGGAAAGUCCUUCUGACUGUUUCCCCAAUCAUGGGAAUGCCAAGUCAGCUGUACUGCAAAUCGGUGAGGGCUCAUUUGGUCAUCUGGAAGCCGUGGAGUCAAGUCCUGCUUCCGCAUGUUCCAAGUGUGCAGCGCAAUGGGAGAGAGAACCGCAGCCCACAUGCGACCUUUAUCCCAGGCCGAUGAAGAUGACCACUCUGGAUGGUUUUCCCGGACAUGGAAUCCCUCCAAAGGGUGUCCGAAAAAUGUCAAGAAACGUAAGUCUGCACAAUCUACGAGCUAUGGAUUGCCAAACGUGGACAGACCAAAGUUUAGAAAGUUUAGAAGAAGAGGAAGAGAAGAGAAGAGAAGAGAAAGUGGCGUACUUUAGCGAUGGAGAUUUUAAAAGCUCAUCUUCAUCUAGACAGAGUUUCUCCCUCGCAGAUAUGGUGAAUUACUUCUUUGGAGGAAAUCCAGAAGCUCUGAGCCAAUCGUUGCCAGAUGACAUCAUAGACGUCACCAUGGUUGGAAAUUCUGUUCCUGAAACCUACCAUCAUUUCUUCUCCCAGUUUGACACAGAUAACUUUUUCUGUCCUUUCGUCACAGAAGAAAAGCAUAAAACGUUGUCUCCAGUCACCGACGGACAAACAAGGCUCAGUUUUCCUGAAGCUUACGACUACUUCUUUGCAUCAUCUUCUUCUUCUUCUUCGGAGGAGGAUUCCUUGGAAGAAGAGGAGGAUGAAAGCCGUGGUCCAGUGAGGGUUGUAAGCAGGCUCAGCCAAAAGUCAGAUGCCAUUCACGCCUUAAGUGACAUUUAUGAGAACUUCUUCUCUGAUGGCGACAUGCGGGACAGUUUCUUUUGGAAAACCACUUUCUCUUUCAGGAAUGUUCAUUUCAGUGGCGGUGCAGCCCAUAACAGGAGGUGCAGCCCUUCGUCUGCUGUACACACGAGGCCAAAUGUUCAAUCCCUUGCAAAGACAACUACUGCUCUCGGACAUUUAGCACAUGUGGAUGGUCCUCAAGACAUGGCCUCUGGACUAAUAUCGGUACAACCACUGGGACAUGAGGACUGGCAAACAGCUCUUCCGAAUCCAAAGUUAGAUUCUUCCCUCCUCCCUCUCAGACAGUCAGAUAUGUGUCUGGCCUGUAUUGCUUUUGCUUCCUGGGUACUGACGACAGCAACCCCCCAGGUUGGAGACACAUGGAAGACUGUUCUGCUCGCCAACGUAAGUGCUCUGUCAGCGAUUCGAUACCUGCGAAAGUAUGUGAGAGUGGAGGUGGCCGCCGUUCAGAACAAAAGGAGCAUCCUACCACCAUCAAUGGAUCUGGAUGUCUCUAAACAAAUUUGCACUGAAGCGUUAUUACCUUCUGGAUUCAUGCCGGAUUAGGUUUCAAUGUUAACUUUUGCAAAUGAAAAUUAUUUGGUUUGAUAAGGACAGCUUUGAUAAAAUAUUAAAACCACAAAAUGAAUGGAUUUUUAUGUUGGAUUAUUAUGGAUUAUAGGAUAUUGAAUAUACUUGAAGCGCUUUCAAAAUGUGCUUCUGUUUAGUUACUUUUCACUGAGUUAGUGGUGUUAGUUUUCUUGAAAUGGGUUUCUUAAAAUUGUUUUUAAUGACUGAAAACUGGAAUUAUUCCGUAAAUCUUGUGAUUUGAAAUUAUUUGUAAAAAUCACAUUUUUGUGCUUAUUUCUUAUAUAGAUGUCAUUUGUUCAAUUGUAUUGUUGUUAUUUUCAUCUGCAGCCUCCUUGUUCAAUCUGUUCAUUUAAACCACGAUUGGUAACAUUAGCACUUUUAGCAUGUCGGCUAACUAACACUAGAGGGCAGCAUAAAAUCCCUAAUCCCUAAACGGGAAAAUAUCAGAUUGGGCCUUGGUGGGCAGCGUUUGUGGACUUUGAACCUUAAAUGAGGCCUUGCUUUUAGGUACAGUAUUUUACUUAUAAUCUGGUUACUAUAUAAUAAUUUUACUUAUAAUCUGGUCAUGUUAUCAUGAAAAUAUUUUGGGGGAGUGGGGGUGGAAUGCCGCCAGAUCUAGCGACAUGGCUGGUCUAGGGCUGGUCUUGGCUUGCACAUAUUGGGGGACAGUCAUGUUAAAUGAAAUGUUAAGGGGGCUCAAUGCUGAUAUUUUUUUAUAUACACCGGUAUAUAGAUUCAGUAGAAUUACUUAUACCCGGUAUAAACGAUCAACAUAAACAAGCUGAGUUGAAAUAGUAAAUAUGUAAUAGUAAUAGCAACAUGUACUGGUUGCAGUAUCUCGCCCUAUUUUGAUGAUUAAAAAACUACCCAAACCUCUUUAAUAUAAAUAUCGUGCUGGAAUGUUUUUUAAUAGAAAAAACAAAUAAAAAAUCAGUAGCACAAAAACUGCACAAUGCCAUACAGUAAUACAAUAUAAAAAUAACCUUAAAAGUACAGAAACUAUGCUACAUCACAGUUGAAACGUCCUCUUCUUCCUUCUCGUAUUUCUCCUACGUCAUUUGUAAACUUCCUGUUGUACCGAACACUUACUGGCCAACGCGGCCGACACCACUUGACUUGUUUAUGAUUGUUUGCACACGCCCAGACAAGUGCUGGCCCUUUGUUGUGUUUUAUGACCAUCUCUGUUUGGUCGCCAUGGCACCGAGGCCUCUGGCCCCGCCGUGUAAUCCAGUGCAGUGUGUCGGAAUUCCAGACGUUGACUGAAUCAUUCCGGUAUUGCGAUCAUACUCCCAAAUGUUGUCAUAGUCUAUUUCCUGGUCAUCUGGCUCUGUCGGUUUGAGGUACGACUGAAGAUCUGGCAAGCGGCAGAGAGGACAGACAUGUUGUAAUAUAUCACAUGACCGUGUUAGAAAUAAAAGUCCCAUAUUGUGUAUCAAGGUGUUUUUGUACACACGUCAUGCUUUUGUUUCUGCUUAUCCAGUGCAUCACAGAGACGUGCAGCCACUUGCUUGCGGCAUGUGCUCAUCGCGAUGUUAACCGAAGAGAAAUGUGUCA